AUGCUCCAACCCACCCUCGUCCUCAUCCACCAUACCCUCGCCCACACAAGAACCCCCUUAACCUUCCCCAAACUCCUCCGCCUCUUCUCCCUCACCCCCUACCUCCCAGAAAAGCAACUCCCUCCCCGCCUCAAAAUCAACGAUGCCGACCUAACCAUAUCCUACCUGAAGGGCACCGGCCCGGGAGGCCAAAAGAUCAAUAAAACCAACUCCGCCGUCCAACUCAUUCACAAACCCACUGGCCUCGUCGUGAAAUCCCAAGCCACACGCUCGCGCUCCCAGAACGAGAAAAUCGCCCGCCAGAUUCUCGCGGAUAAAGUCGAGGAGCUGCAGAAGGGCGAUGAGAGUCGCCGGGCCAUCAAGGCCGAGCGCGCCCGGAAGAAGAAGGCGAGUAAGGUGAAGAAGAGUCGGAGGAAGUAUCGGGAGUUGGAGAGGGAGCAGGGUGAAGAUGGUGAGCGGAUCGAGGGUGGGGAGGGGGGAGGGGUAGAUGAGGUGGAAGGGACAGUUCAGAAAGAAGGACAGGCGCGAGGUACGAAGCCGGAGGGGCGGGGAGAGGAGUUGAGCGCCGAUGGCACUCCCCAUGCUUCGUUGGACCAACAAAGACGGAGUUGA